UCAAAUAUCCAGACGCGUGCGCCAUCUGAGCCAGUUAAAACAGUCCCGCGAAAAGUUACCGAGCCCCACUUCUUGUCUGAACGUCUGCCAGUGAAGACCGGGAGGGAACCAACAAAACACCACACAAAAUGAGCGACCUCAGCAAGAACGACGUCGAAAGGGCGAGCUUUGCCUUCUCCAUCUACGACUUCGACGGUAGCGGCAAAGUAGAUGCCUUCUACCUCGGAGAUGUCCUGAGGGCGCUCAACUCCAACCCCAUCCUGGCCACCAUCGAGAAACUCGGCGGUACCAAGAAGAAGGGCGAGAAGCAGCUCACGCUCGAAGAAUUCCUUCCCAUCUACAGCCAAGCCAAGAAAGACAAAGACCAGGGUUGCUACGAGGACUUCCUGGAAUGUCUGAAGCUGUACGACAAGAACGAGAACGGCCUUAUGCUCGGCGCUGAACUCACACACACCCUCCUUGCGUUAGGAGAGAAACUGGAAGACAACGAAGUCGCAGAAGUCGUAAAGGACUGCAUGGACCCUGAAGAUGACGACGGCAUGAUCCCCUAUGCACCAUUCCUGAAGAAGGUGAUGGCGUAGAAGACUUCUCAUCUCGUCAUAACUUUAGUUAUAAGAUCCUUUCCUUCGGAAAAUGUGUGACGGUUGGGGAUUCAAGCCCGCGGGAGAGGGGGAGGCGCCGGCGGAGGGCUAACUGCGCGGGCGCCGCCUGACAACCGUUGCCUGCAGUCCAUCUUUUUAUAACACCCCGUAUACCAACUUAGAUACGGACGACCCCUUUUUUAUACGACAUCAAUUUUGUACAACUCUCAAUCUAUCACUGUACAUACUAAAGUAAGAUUAAAUUAAAAUACUGUAAACACACGUUGUACGUGUUUUUUAAAUUUAUUAUUAUUUAUUAAGUUUAUAAUGACAAAAAUACAAAAGCCGUAAAUUAUUUUAUAAUAAACUGUUAAAAAUUUCA